AUGAGUAGGAAAGUGGUGGUUGUGGCCGUCACUGCUGCAACGGUUGCAGCGGCUGUAAUAAUAGGUCGGUGGAUGCGUAGGAAGGAGCGGCGGCGGAAACAGACGCAGCGCAUUUUGAGGAAAUUUGCUAGAGAAUGUGCUACGCCGGUUUCGAAGCUGUGGACGGUGGCGGAAGCCAUGGUCGCCGAUAUGGCCGCCUCUCUCGCAGCCACCACCGCCGCCGAGAGUCGCGGUUCCCUCAACAUGCUCGUUUCGUUCGCCGGUUCUCUCCCUUCAGGUGAUGAGAAGGGGUUACAUUAUGGAGCAAACUUGCGAGGCAAGGAACUUCUAUUGUUACGUGGAACUUUAGGAGGUAACGAAGAGCCUAUUUCCGAUAUACAUAAGCAGGAGAUUUCGAUCCCUAAGGAUGUUUUAAAUGGUUCUUUCAAGGAGUUGUGCGAUUUCAUAUCCUUGGAGCAAGUUAAAUUCCGUGGGAUGAAUCCUGGCGAAGAAACUGAAGACGUUAAGAAUCUAGGGUUUACGUUAACACGCUAUGUCGAGGAGAUUAGAUCAGGUUCAAUCUCGGCUAUACAUAGAAAGAGUUUAGCAGAUGGUGAUGAUGACAAGGUUUUGAAGGAGUUUGUGAAUGAUAUGAAUGAAUCAUUGGAUAGACACGGUCUGAAAAUUCGGAUGAACAUGGCGCUGGUGGAUGACACAAUAGGAAUAUUAGCUGGAGGAAGGUACUAUCACAAGGAUACUGUGGCUGCGGUUACUUUAGGUAUGGGAACCAACGCUGCUUACAUCGAACAAGCUCAAGAGGUUUUGAGAUGGAAAUCAACGAUACCAAACGAGCAACAAGAGAUUGUUAUUAGCACCGAGUGGGGAGAUUUCAGAUCUUGUCAUCUUCCUCUAACUGAAUUUGAUGCUGCUCUUGAUGCGGAAAGCUUGAAUCCAGGAAGCCACGUAUUUGAGAAGAUGGUGUCUGGAGGAUACUUAGGGGACAUAGUGAGAAGAGUUUUGCUAAGAAUGUCUGAAGAAUCUGCUCUAUUUGGAGAUAUACUGCCUCCAAAGCUCAAAACUCCUUACAUUUUAGGGUCGCCGGAUAUGGCUGCCAUGCAUCAAGAUAUAUCUGAAGACCGAGACAUCGUAAACAAAAAGCUCAAGGAAGUUUUCGGGAUCAUGGACUCAACUCUUGCGGCGAGAGAAGUGGUGGUUGAAGUGUGCGAUGUAGUAGCGGAAAGAGCGGCUCGUGUGGCAGGAGCAGGAAUAGUUGGGAUGAUAAAGAAGCUGGGAAGGUUGGAGAAGAAGAUGAGCAUUGUAAUAGUUGAAGGAGGACUUUAUGAUCAUUACAGGGUAUUUAGAAACUAUCUUCAUAGCAGUGUUUGGGAAAUGCUUGGCGACGAGUUAUCAGAUCAUGUCGUCAUCGAACAUUCUCACGGUGGAUCUGGUGCCGGAGCCCUUUUCUUUGCCGCUUGCGGUAACGUCAAAAUCUAGAUGUGAAACAAAAAAUGACAAUCAGAGCGAAUAUCAUUAUUUAUUUAAAUUCUAUUUUAAUGUUAGCUUCUAAAUAUUAUUUUUCGAUCUGUUGCAUCACUUGCAAGAAACUAAAUGCUAUUUAAAUAGUUAGUUUCACAUUUCUUCUUUAGUAUUUCUACUUGUCCACUUGCACUAUAUUAAAAGUCUACUAUCAAUCAUUAAUUUAUAUAAUUAUUAUUCUUUUCUAUUCAUAAAAUGUGUCAGUUACACACUUUUCACACAUAUGAAAAAAUGAUUAAAAUACACUAAUGUUUUAUUUAACUACGUCUAUAUUUGAGAUAUAUAAAUUUAUUUAUUAGAUCAAUAAAUAAGUAUAAAUUGCACUAAAAUUAUAAAACAACACUAUUUUUGUAACAAGAAAAAAUGGUAAAGUGACUUUUUAAAGGAAUGUAAGGAGUAAUAAACUGUUUUCUCUAGAACUUAGAUUUUUUGGAUAUAGAAACAUUAAAUAAACUUUCGGUAAUAAAACCAUUACUAGACUAAGUGAGAUUCCACAUAUUGAUCAAUGAUCAGAGUUAAAAAACAUAUGAUCUUGGGCGCUUUGAUGAUGCUAGAGCCCACUCUGUUGUAACAAAAGUAAUAAUAUGUAACUGCAAGUAUAAUGGUGAGAUGAAACAGCCCACAUAACACAAAGCCCAUUGGGCUUUUCAAGUAAUGUUUGUCUUAGGGUCAGCCCUUGACUCUACACUUGAGUCUCACUGUUCCUUUCACAACACUUCCAGAGAGAGAGAGAGAGAUCAGGAGAAUGGCGACGGCGAUUAUACGCUCAGCUCUUUCCCGAGCAGCGAUCACCGCAGCUCCGAAGACAUCCCUUGCCCCCAAGCGAAGAUUCUCAUCUUCUGCCGGCCUUGACGAUGCUUAUGAAUCUGGAAAGUGGGAGAGCAUAACAUACUUGGGCAUUUUCAACGUAUCCUUAUAUGCACAUCCGUAACAAGGAGUUUCCUUGGGGUCCAGACGGUCUGUUUGAGGUGAAGCACAACGAAGGGCACUGAGAUGUUGCGUCUUUGCAAUAGUCUCGUCUUAGUUCACUUGUUAGGACUUAAUAUGCUUUAUCGGAUUUGUUUUAUAACUUUUGUCAGAUAUUUGCUAUUCUAAUCUCCUUUCAUGUGCUGGAAUAUAAGAAUAUGCUACUUUGUUUUGUGUCAUCAUUAAAGACUCUGAUUCAAUCUCA